AGCGCGCACGAAGAGAUUGGCUAUUGUGUCAAAGUGAAACUGUCCAAAUGGACAAGCAUUUAUAAAAAAUAUAAAUAAUUUGGAAACUAUCAGCAAAACACACAUGAAACGAAUUAAAGUAAACUUGAAGGAACACCCUACAAGUCACGCGACGUUGACAGAAUGUCUUUCGAGGAACCUUUUGAUUUCCUCACCGAAGUGGAUUCAUACCAAAAUCUGUCCAAAUGGGCGCACCACCACACUCACUCGGGAGCCAACACGGAACCCUCCUACGUUAGCAUCGCCAUCACAGCAGUUUAUGGAGUGAUCAUAGUCCUUGGACUAAUCGGUAACAUAACCCUAAUCAUUACAUUCUGUUCCGCUAAGUCCAUGCGAAAUGUCCCAAACCUGUUCAUGUCAAGUCUUGCGUUCGGGGACGUGCUCCUCCUGGUCACCUGUGCGCCAGUGGACGCGAGUCGGUACCUAGCGGACGAAUGGCUCUUCGGUAGAAUAGGAUGUAAACUCAUACCGUUUAUCCAACUCACAUCGGUUGGAGUGUCGGUUUUUACCCUGACUGCAUUGUCCGCUGAUAGGUACAAAGCGAUCGUGAAGCCGAUGGACCUCCAGACAUCCAACGCCCCGGUGAGGAUUGUUCUGCGGGCUGCAGUGAUCUGGCUGUUCUCCGUGACUCUGGCUAUUCCGGAGGCGGUCUUCUCAGACCUGCGCACCUUCAGCAUCCACAACACCAACGAGACCUUCAUCACCUGCGCCCCCUAUCCACACGAGGGGGAACUGCACCCCAAGAUCCACUCCAUGGCCUCUUUUCUCAUCUUCUAUGUAAUUCCUCUGUCGGUUAUAUCGGUGUAUUAUCUGUUCAUCGCCAGGAGCCUGAUCAGGAGUGCCUAUGACAUGCCUGUGGAGGGCAACAUGCAUGUCAGAAGACAGAUAGAGUCCAGGAAGCGCCUGGCGAAGACGGUGCUGGUCUUCGUGGGCCUUUUUGCUGUGUGCUGGCUCCCCAGUCAUGUGAUCUACCUGAACCGCUCCUACCACUACACCAAAGUGGACACCUCCAUGGCCCACUUUGUCUUCACUGUGGGGGCCCGCAUCCUGGCCUUCACCAACUCUUGCGUCAACCCAUUCGCCCUUUACCUGCUCAGCAAGAGCUUCCAGAAGCAGUUUAACAAGCAGCUGUGUUGUGGUUAUAGGGCCCUGGUCAGGAGCUCCAUGAGCAGCAGGAGGAACAGGAGCAACACAAACAUGACCUCCCUGAGGAGUACCAACCAAUCAGUGGCCAGUCUGGUUAAUGGAAAGCCACUCUGCCAGGAGGACAAUGUGUGAGACAGACCCACACGGAUGGACUGGUUAAGGUGUGAGACAGACAGGUGGAUUGAAGUAGAGAGUGAGACAGGCAGGUGGACGGUAGGAGAAUGUUAGACAGACUGACCCCACCACAGGCAUUUAGUUAUAUGACUAUAAAAAAAAUAUAUAUAUAUCCCUUAAGGAUAGUUCCUGACCUGUUUGAUUGUAUUAAUGUCAUUAUCACAUUGCAGCUAGCUACAGAUAUGACCAACAUGAAAACCUAUAUAUACAGUAUCUCACAAAAGUGAGUACACCCCGCACAUUUUUGCAAAUAUUUGAUUAUAUCUUGUCA